GAUGUUCCACCAAAUUGUAAUCGCCAAAGAAGAUAAGGACAGUCAGCGAUUUCUAUGGAGAAAUGGGGAUCCCAGUCAACCCUUAGAAACUUAUGUAAUGGAACGGAUGAUUUUUGGAGCCACUUGUUCGCCCACCAUAGCCCAAUAUGUGAAAAACCUAAAUGCCCAAAGGUUUAUAAAUGAGUCGCCAAGAGCAGUACAAGGAAUCAUCGAUCGUCAUUACGUAGACGAUUACGUCGACUGUUUCCAGACUGAAGGUGAGGCAGUUGAAGUGGUACGUGAUGUUAUAAAAAUUCACAAAGAGGGUGGAUUUAAUCUCCGCAACAUCAAGUCUAAUUCCCUUGUUUUACAACGUAUGUUUGGCAACCCUAUUUCUGAUGAAAGUGAUGGAAACUCCAUUUUUGAUGAUGGAAUGGAACGGGUACUCGGUAUUCAUUGGCUGCCAAAAUCAGAUGUUUUUUGUUUUGAAUUAAAAUUGCACAAAGUGGAUGAAAAAAUAUUGAAAUUGCAAAAAGUGCCAACGAAACGCGAAAUGUUGUCUUUAAAUAUGUCCGUAUUCGAUCCAUUCGGGUUUCUUGGUGAUUUUAUGGUGACGUCGAAGAUAAUUAUGCAAAAUGUGUGGGAAAGUGGUAUAAAGUGGGACGAGGAGUUGCCGGCCGCGAUUUAUAGCCGCUGGAAGACCUGGCUGGAGGAAUUGCCUAAAUUAAAGGAUUUCAAAGUUCCGAGGUGUUACAGUGAUGGAUUUUUUAAUGGUAUAGUAGAUUUGCAUGUGUUUGUGGAUGCCAGUGAAGAUGCAAUGGCUGCUGUGGCAUACUGGCGUAUAGUAACUAAUUGUGGUCUAAGUGUUGUGUUCGUUAUGGGCAAGACGAGCUGUGCCCCAACAAGAUACCAUACUAUACCUAAGCUUGAGUUGCAAGCAGCAGUAAUUGGAAUUCCUCAACAGUGAUAAGUUGGAUCCGUUCAGAACACCGUACAUACAAACAAUAUGUGGCAAAUAGAGUGUCGGAGAUUCUGGAAAGCAGCCGUAUGGAGCAGUGGCGGUGGUGUCCAGGAGCGGAAAACCCAGCUGACGAAGGGACCCGUGCUAAAGGACCCAAGAAGUACCAGCCAGAAGGACGUUGGAAAAAUGGGCCAGAAUUCCUGAGAAA